AUGUACCCCACCUCCCUAAUGAUUUCAUCGAGCCUGAUCACAAUCUUUGCAUUACUAGCCUAUCCUUUAAUCACCACGAUCCGUCCUACACCUCGAGGCCCUCAAUGAGCUACCACCCAUGUCAAAACAGCUGUAAAAAUAGCUUUCUUUGUUAGUCUGCUACCUCUGACCCUAUUUCUUAAUGAGGGCGCAGAAACAAUCGUUACUAAUUGAACCUGAAUAAAUACUAACUCCUUCAAUAUCAACAUUAGCUUGAAAUUUGAUUUCUACUCAAUUAUUUUUACACCCAUUGCCCUCUACGUAACUUGGUCCAUCCUGGAGUUCGCAUCAUGAUACAUGCACGCAGACCCACACAUGAACCGCUUCUUUAAAUACCUCCUGACGUUUCUGAUUGCCAUAAUCGUCCUAGUAACUGCAAACAAUAUGUUUCAACUAUUUAUCGGCUGGGAGGGAGUGGGGAUCAUAUCGUUCUUACUUAUUGGAUGGUGGUUCGGACGGGCGGAUGCUAACACUGCAGCGCUUCAAGCAGUAAUUUACAACCGAGUAGGAGACAUCGGACUUAUCUUCGCCAUGGCUUGAAUAGCAGCAAACCUUAACUCCUGAGAGAUACAACAAAUCUUUGCAACCACCAAGGACAUAGACUUAACCUACCCUCUUCUCGGACUCAUCAUUGCAGCAACUGGCAAAUCGGCUCAAUUCGGACUUCACCCUUGACUACCCUCCGCUAUGGAGGGUCCCACACCGGUCUCUGCCCUACUUCAUUCUAGCACUAUGGUCGUUGCCGGCAUUUUCCUGCUAGUACGAAUAAGCCCCCUCCUGGAAAACAACCAAACCGCCCUCACAACCUGCCUAUGCCUCGGAGCUCUUACAACACUAUUCACUGCAACCUGUGCCCUCACGCAAAAUGAUAUUAAAAAAAUCGUCGCAUUCUCUACAUCCAGCCAGCUUGGGCUUAUAAUGGUAACCAUUGGUCUAAACCAACCACAACUAGCAUUUCUUCACAUCUGUACACAUGCCUUCUUUAAAGCCAUACUGUUUUUAUGCUCCGGAUCUAUUAUCCACAGCCUAAAUGAUGAACAAGAUAUCCGCAAAAUAGGGGGCAUACACCACCUUGCACCUUUCACAUCCUCUUGCCUAACUAUUGGCAGCCUCGCCCUCACAGGAACCCCCUUCUUGGCUGGCUUCUUCUCUAAAGAUGCCAUCAUCGAAGCAUUGAACACAUCCCACCUAAACGCCUGAGCCCUAACCUUAACCCUCCUAGCCACCUCUUUCACAGCAAUCUACAGCUUUCGAGUAGUAUUUUUUGUACCCAUGGGCCACCCCCGAUUUAGUCCCCUCUCUCCGAUCAACGAAAACAACCCAGCAGUAAUUAACCCACUUAAGCGGCUAGCAUGGGGAAGUAUCGUUGCAGGCUUACUAAUUACCUCUAAUAUUACACCCUUAAAAACCCCUGUCAUAUCCAUGCCUCCUCUCCUUAAACUAGCUGCUCUUGCAGUUACAAUCAUCGGCCUUCUUGUUGCUAUAGAGCUCGCCAUAUUAACCAACAAGCAAUAUGAGCCAAUACCCGGCACGCACAUACACCACUUCUCUGCCUUAUUAGGCUUCUUCCCCGGGGUCAUACACCGCCUAACCCCUGUAUUGCUCUUCUUCCUAGGCCAAAAUAUUGCUAACCAAACAGUAGAUCAGACAUGAUUAGAAAAAACAGGCCCCAAAGCCAUUGAAUCCGCUAACCGACCUCUAGUGUCCUCUACAAGUAAUAUUCAACGGGGGGUGAUCAAAACAUAUCUUACCCUCUUCCUCCUAACACUAGCCCUUAUAAUCCCCAUAUUCAUCACCUAA